AUGUCAUCUUCUCACCCCGAAAACAACCCCGACAACGAAAACUCCAACCCCCAGACACCAAAUCCCCCAGCAGCCGAGGCCAGCCACCCCAGCGACGACAGUGGCGAGACGCGUCCCAAAGGUGGUCAUGGACCCACCAAGGACCAGCUAGAGGCCGCCUGGACAGCUCUGGCAAGGCUGGAAGCCAUCGGCGUGAUCAAGCCGUUUGUGGUUCGAUAUCCGAGAAUUAUCGACGUUGAUGGAACGGUUCUCAGCGAGGGAACCAUGACUGGGCACGAUUCAGGGGUUGAGGCGGCUGUGGGGAGUUUGACGGAGGGCGCCACGCCGUCGGGGGAGUCGGAGUCGAAGGCUGGGAGGGAGGCGAGACUGUGA